UGCCAACAUUGGAAGUUUUUACAUUACAUCUCAGAAGUGUAUCCCAGACUGUCUCAAGUCACUGUGCUAUAAUUAUCCUUUCUCACAAGGUACAGAAAUAGUAGAUAGUAGUCCUACAGUCUUUUCUCAGCUGCAAUACAAUAGUUCGAUUGUCGCUAUUUUACUUGUUUUCUAUUGGUAUUUUAACGUCAUAUAAGGACUUGGACAGUGUAGUUUCAUCAAUCCACCGUCGAUACAUAUUAUUUAAUUAUUAAAAUUGUUGAAAGCCAAUGUGCUGGAACUAUUGACACCACCACAAUGUAAAUACACUUGGGUAGAUUCUUCUCUAACGAAUGUGGUCUUAUUGAAAAACGGCUGAACACACGAAGAAAAAUGAGUGCAAUGCAAGAGAAUAGCUCAACAUAAUAAUUCGUGAUGUUUUGUGGAUGACGUCCUUUCUGCAAAACUCAGUAGGGCCUACCUACUGCACAUGGAAGACUGACAAAAGACUCACAAAAUGAACUGCAAGCCUUAUCUUGUCUCGAGUAGCAACAAGUUUGGAAGAUAUCUAGUGGCAUCGAGGGAUAUCAAAAAGGGAGAAGUCAUUUUCAAAGAAAGUCCUCUGGUAAUCGGACCUUGCGAUGAUUAUUAUGUGUCAAUGAUUUGCUAUUCGUGUGGAGGUGAAGCAAAUCGAAGAUGUCACGACUGCUCUGUUGCUCUUAUUUGUGCUAAAACUUGUCCUGGCUCAUUCCAUUCAAGUUUAGAGUGCAGCACAUUCAAAAACAUUGCAACCAAACUGAGAAAUUGUGGAUUUUUGUCUGCUGACAAAAUAGUACUGCCUCUCAGAUGUAUCAUACAUGUUAAACAGAAACAGCCUGAUGGAGAAUGGAGUAAGUUUUUGAGUCUACAAUCACACAAAGAACAAAGGAGAAAUACAUUCGUUUGGAAUUACAAUGAAAACUACUUCGUCAAGUUGUUCCAGUCUUUUGGUGUGAUCGAUGACUGUGCUGAGGAUGAGGAGCUAGUGCAGGAAGUGCUGGGGAUCAUUGAUGUGAACAGCUUCGGGGUGCGCUGUGGCGUGGGCGGGCAGGGCAGAGCUGUAUUCCUACAGGCGUCCCUCAUGGCACAUGACUGCACCCCCAAUUGCCACUUGGCUGUCGACGACAACUUCCACAUGACUGUGCGCGCGCGUCACGAUAUCCUCAAAGGUGAUCCAAUCCUCUACAAUUAUACCAACACUCUCCACGGUACUGCAGAGCGCCAAGAACACCUGUUGGAAACCAAGUACUUCUCGUGCAGCUGCAAGCGAUGUGAAGAUGGCAGUGAGUUGGGGUCGCACCUCAGCUCGCUCGUCUGCUGGCAUUGCCGCGAAGGGCUGAUGGUUGUCAACAACUCGAAGGAUGCCUGGAUCUGCCAGCAAUGCCAACGCUCAUUCAGAAAAACCGGUGUCGAAGUAAUACUGAACAGUAUAAUUCCCGAUGAACUCGACAACCUUGAUGAGAAAGAUCCGGUCUUUAUCGAGUGUAAAUUGGAGAAGUUAUCAAAAGUGCUAAGCGCUAAUCAUAGCGUUAUUAUUGAUUUGAAACAACAGCUGGCCACGAAGCUGCGGGAAUGUAAACAGACUGUUAAGGUUUUGCAGAGAAGAAAGGUUCUUGUACAGGAAAUAUUGAGUGUGUUGGAGAUUAUAGAACCUGGAAUUUCUCGACUUCGAGGUUUAACUCUGUAUGAGCUGCAUUCGAUAUUGUUCGACCUGGCAUUAGUGGACAGCAACGUUGUUGUAGCAUUGAAAGAGUGUGAGACUAUCCUGAGGCAAGCAGUGGCCCUCCUGCUCUAUGAACCUGCUCAAUCCCCUGAAGGAAGAUGCGCCCAACAAGCUAUCACACAACUCAAACUCGUCACUCAACGCAUACGUCAAGCUGAAAGCACCAACAAAAAACAAUCGGGAAAACAAUCCAAGAGCAAAGCGAAAUUGAAACAAUAAACGUGAAAGUGGAAAAAUAUAAAUAGAAUAAUAAUUAUUCUCCAUAGAUGUUAUUCGUUGAGUAGACAGAUCGAUUUAUAUUGAAGGCCAUAGAUAUACGUAAAUCAGCAAUGUUUGCUAAUGUUUCAUGUUCCUGUAUUCAAGUAUACAAUGUAAAAUCACCUCUAAUGCCUUAUCAUUAACAUGCUGGAUUAGGAGCACCAUCCAACAAAAUUUCAAAUUAAGAGUAACUUACAGUAGAUCGCAAAUCGUUCAAUUCAGGAAACUGUGAGACUACCCAUUUUCCAGAUACAAUGAAGCAAGCCCAAGUUACAAACCUAUCCUUGACAUUUUGUCAUUGUCAAUCAAUGUACAUGAAACCACAUUCUAGAUUCUAACAUAUAAUAUAUAUACUAUUUUACAGCACUUAUAAAGAAGCACUCGCCUUUUGUUUACAGG